AUGGCAGAAGCAACCUCCCGUCCCCUCGCCACCGCAAAACCACGCCUUUCCUCUGGCGCAAACGCCUCUCCUGCCGAUAAAUCAAAAGAGCCAGAUCUCCCUUACGAAGAGCGAGAACUACGCAACCGCGCCGCCCGCGUCCUAGAAAAUGAAGAAAUGCUGCUCUUGCUGAGUAGACAAAGACACGAGUCUGUACUCCAGACCCGAAUCUAUUGCGAAGCCAGAGCGGCGGGAUUGAAAGACGAGACACUCAAGUUCGACUAUACCAUGGAUGUGAGCGAAGAGACGAACAAGUCAAGUACGAAGAGUCCAGCUGCAAAAGGCACUGCACGUGUGGUUUCUGGAUCGAGCAAAACCCCUGGUUCGCCGCUGAACAACAAGAGAGACAAGGAUCGAGGACGGGAUGGAGGAAGGAGGAGCACUGGUUCUGCCAGGUAA